AUGCUUCGCUGCAUGAGCACUUCAUGUCAGUACAUUGCUGACCUGGUCCUGCCCGCCGCCGCGACACACCUGGUCCGUGAAAGCACUGGCCGGUUCUCGAUUCGUCAGAACAUCGCUGAACCAGAGAAGAUCCUAGCUCGCAUCGAGCAGCGACACCUGUCUCUAUACCUCGAGACCGCCUUCGCCAUCGUCUUGGAGCCUCGCCCUGGUGCCUACCUCACGCCAGCGAGCAGCACGACUCCGCAAGGCCACGUUCUCCUCAGCGACGGAGAUUGUCUUCACUUCACCGAACACUAUCUGAAAGUGCUGUACACUACACAGCAGCCGACAAUGCCGCCUCUUCCUUCAUCUCCUGUGGCAGAGGCGCGAGACUCCCCACCCGCGAAAGAGGACUCUGAGACUGAGGCGAGUGACGACGGCAUAGCCACCUCACCGACUGCGGAGAAGGCGCUUGGAAACAGCAAGACGUCCACCACCAAGCACACCACAAAUAGCGUUGAAGCAGAUGAUGUUGCCCCAGAUGGUUCAGCAUCUAAAGAGAUUACGUUCCAGGAUACUGCCUCCGACUCAGAGGUUAUGAUGUCGACUCCCAAGCCUCACAUCAAGUAUGGCAAGAAAGACGCUAGCCGUCGUGCUAAGAGCGCGAUUCCUUCAGACGCCACCGAGCCAACUUCUUCUGCUGUUGCUAAGCAGGCGGCGACGCUGUCGGUCAGAGGAAGUAUCAUUCCAGAUGACGAUGCCGACACUGACAGCAAGAGCAUCACGUCCAACGGCAAGCUAUCCGCAGUCAAGAGAGGCACGAAGCGCAAGGCCCCGCCACGACCAAAGAGCGCUGAAGACACUUAUCGCGUGUCGACAGAGGAUGACGAUCCUCCGCCCAAGAAGGCUCGGUUGCCAAAAGCUGCGCGAGAGGAGACUCCAGGGGAAGAGAUUGCUGUUGCAACCCGGUCCGUCCAGAAGACAGGCCCCCAGCGGUCCAGCGGUCGGGAAAGCAGGGCUACCUCUGGCAACGAUUCACCAAUUUCAACACCAUCGUCACUGGUCGAUACACCAUCGAAGGUCCUCAUCACCAUGUGCAACCCCAAUGGAAAGAUCAGGGGGUGGUUCAAAAGAAAGAUGACGGUGGUUGAGGAGAUUCCCGGCAAGCGCACCAACUUCGUUUGCGUCACACGCCAUAAGGACCUUCCAACUACUGCGAAGAUCUUGAAGACGCUUGUUGCUGGAAAGCCUGUUCUGAGCGUCCAGUGGAUCAUCGACUCGCACAGAGAAGGCACCAUCCUGGACCCUUCCAGCUACAAGCACUCUGAGGUGGAAGGCAGCGACGAAGCUAAUGACGACCGACGCUCCCUCUUCAAGGGCAAGACCUUGUUCUUCACCAAUGCGGCCGUCAACAGCUACAACCAAGGUUGGGACGCAAUCAAGGAAGUGGCCCAAGAAGCUGGUGCAACAGCUAUCCAAGACGGAACCGCUACAAAGGGAAACGAAUUGACGCCAAAGCAUAACGUGCUCCUCUUUGGAGAUGGACCCGAGGACGGCCCAGCCCGCACACUCAUCAAGGAGCAUGGACGGACGGUGUACGACAAGGCCAUGUUCGCGCAAGCGAUCAUUCGGGCGGAGCUGGACCUGGAUGAUGACGAGUUCAAGCUGAAGGGUAGCAGCAGCGACACGAAAGCUACUGCUAAUGGCAGGAGGAAGAGAUAG